ACGUGCCGGACCUGACUCGCCCGGGAACGACAACUGUUGUCUCCUCCAACAGAGACCUCCUUGCUGGCUGAUUGAGACAUGUGAUGGACCCUAGAUGGCUGCUUGCUGACUCACCGCUGCAUUUCUGUUCUGUCGGCUCAUGCAUCACCUUCCUGUUAGGAGGAUGGUGCAGGGCAGGCAGGCAGGCAGGCAGACAGACAUCCAUGUCCUCUCCUCCUUCUGUCUCCGGGGUCCUUGGCUAACAUCACACCCUUUUUGGUUAGCAGUCACUUAUAAAGCAAAGACAUGGCAGUGGAAAGAGAAUUGCAGACUCAGUUGUCUUUAGAGGUUCUAUCUGGGCCAGUGAAAAGAAUAAACACCGGACCAGCCUGGCUGAUUUUAUGUCACGUUUUCAGGCUCUGUUAAAGCAGAACAUAAGAGGAGGAGGAGAGGACGGAAAAAGGAGAGGAGAGGAGAGGGGAGGGGAGGGGAGGGGAGGAAAGAAAAAGCUGAUUUUCUUGCAUGGAUGCUGGCUCAAAGCUGAAGAAACCCAUUGAACUGUACACACCCGUGCUGCAGUCAGUGCAUCAAUUUUGUAUAGGAAAUGGCUGUUGAGGCAUCGCAGCAACGUCAGCUGUGAAACACUUAGGCUGAGCGCGCCUCCCUCUCUCCCCUCUCCAUCCUGUAACCACGGGGCUGAGGGGAGGAGGGUUCUGCUUUUUCUGUGCAAUGGGGGAGAAGAGAGCGCUGGCAGCAGAAUCAUGUCUGCCUCCGACUCCAGCGCUAAAGGACUCAUCUGUAACAAGGGUUCAGCCGAUUCCUAUAGUCGACCCUCGGAUUCCGACCUGUCCCUGGAGGAGGACCAGGAGGCGUCUCGGCGUGAAGCCGAGCGCCAGGCUCAGCUACAGCUAGAGAGAGCCAAGUCCAAACCGGUAGCAUUUGCAGUAAAAACCAAUGUGAGCUACUGUGGGGCCCUUGAUGAAGAUUGUCCAGUCCAAGGUGCUGCUAUUAACUUUGAAACAAAAGACUUCCUGCACAUAAAAGAGAAAUACAACAAUGAUUGGUGGAUUGGUCGGCUGGUGAAGGAAGGGGCAGACAUCACUUUUAUCCCGAGCCCAGUCAAACUGGAAGCCAUGAGGAUUAAACAGGAGCAGAAAGCAGCAGCAAGGAAAGGAGGUAACGCUUCGUCUGGAGGCUGGAGAUCCACCCCGCCAUCUGCAGCCAAACAGAAGCCGAAACAGACGGAACUUGUUCCUCCUUAUGAUGUGGUCCCUUCGAUGCGGCCGGUGGUGUUGGUGGGGCCUUCGCUGAAAGGAUAUGAGGUAACAGACAUGAUGCAGAAAGCCUUGUUUGACUUCCUAAAGCACAGAUUUGAUGGCAGGAUCUCCAUUACGCGGGUGACUGCUGAUCUAUCACUGGCGAAGCGCUCGGUGCUGAACAAGAAGGCCAUAAUGGAGAGAUCCAACACACGCUCCAGUUUGGCGGAGGUCCAGAGUGAGAUAGAGAGGAUCUUUGAGUUGGCCAAGUCCCUCCAGCUGGUUGUCCUGGAUGCGGACACCAUCAACCACCCGGCACAGCUCCUCAAAACCUCUCUGGCUCCCAUCGUUGUCUACGUCAAAGUCUCCUCGCCUAAAGUCCUUCAGAGGCUGAUCAAAUCUCGAGGGAAGUCCCAAAGCAAACACCUGAACGUCCAGAUGAUGGCAGGGGAUAAGCUAGCACAGUGUCCACCUGAGAUGUUUGACGUCAUCCUGGAUGAGAAUCAGCUGGAGGAUGCAUGUGAACAUCUGGCAGAGUACCUGGACAUUUACUGGCGAGCUACUCAUCUCCCCUGUUCUGCCCCUGUUAACCCCUUACUGGACCAAAGUGUGAUCACCCCACCCUCAGCUAACUCCAGCCAACAAUUUUCUGAGACUCAAGAGUUGAUCGAAUGAUCACUACCACGGACAAAGGAAGCCCCGCGCUGUCCUCCGGAAGACUAGAAGGUCAAAGAGCACAGGGAGCAGGGCGCCACCAGGGGGCAGCAGCAGCCCUCAUCUCUCCUAAGCCAGCCAGCACCUUCUGUGGCCCCACCCGGGGCGACGAAGACAACACGAGCAGAGCACCUCCACUGAGAGCAAGAGGCUGGUGAGCUGGAGGAAGAGGAGACACAAAACAGGGAGAGGAGGAGGAGGAAGAUUCAAGAGAGGAACCCACACCUCUCACUGCUGCCCCCUCGGGAAGAGCCCCGUGCUCCCACCACCAUGCGACAACUCAGGGCCGCUUUCUACAGCUACACUUCUACUGGUAACGAAAAACCAGUGCAGUCCUGCACGCCUCGUCCCCCUCCCCCUCCCUCCCACCCUGACCUCGUUCCCGACCCCGUGCUUUAACACUGGAAGUCCCAUUUCUCACCCUGCAGAGCCGAGCUAGCCCAUGUGUGAUCAGACACCCCCCCACCCUAGAAGUGGCAGUCGCAGACACACAUGGGCUAAUUCAGCUGUCGUUGUGGAAAAAUUCCUGCGAAGAGAGAAAAGAGUACUGUAGCAUAGCAACACUAUCAGUAUUAUUGAAAAUACAAACAUGAGUAGCUUCCCCAGGGUUUCCUCUCUGAAAACCUGGUUUCCCCUUUUGGCCAAAGAGGGACGGACCCCGAGUCUGUUUGUCCUCCGUCUCUACAGCUGUCUGUCGGCUGUCAUUCCAGUUUAAACCAAAUGUUUCCUCAAAGGCACAAUCCUUUCCAGCGGAAUCGACAUGCAAGGAAAAUGAAAACUUGAUUUCUUUCCUUGUUUAUCCAGUAGCCUUUUUAAAGUGUUGUUUAUUCGCAAAUAUGUUUUACAGCAACUAUCUAUACAACGAUGUAUGAUUCAUAUCUUGGCUCUCGUUAUAACGGUUCACUUAUCUGUAUGCAACAGUGAUGCAAAGUUCAUGCAUGACAAGCACAUACUUGCACAUCAAAAGACUAUAUGCAUAUUUUGUCACAGCUGUGAAUGUAUAAAUGCUGGAAGGAUCAUUUACAAUAACUGUGGUUUGUUUGCAGAUAUUUAGCGGCGAAUGUGAUUCAAAAUUUACCCCUAACUGUGGUUGUCAUGAAAUAUCAGUUAAAUAUUAACCACAAAGAAAUUAGUUUAAGUUAUUUUUUCUGAAACAAUUUGAAAAACCUUGACACAUAAUUGAAGCACAAGCAAAUGUAUUUUUUAUGUGUAGGUUACUCCAAAAAAAGGACAGAUUGGUUGCUCCAGUCUCAGGGCACAAACUGGCUUUGAUGACGGCUGACUGUCCUUUUUUUGCAGAAACUCUACCCUUAUUACCAGUUGUACAUAAUUCUCUAAACCAAUAUUUGCCAUUGCCUGUUUAAUAUAUUUUACUUCUUCACAAUGACUAUGAUAAAUUGUACGAAAUGAA